CCCGACCAGGAACACACGUAAAAGAACCAUGUCCGCGUACGACUGGCAUCCGCAGCAGCAGUUUGUUGUCACCGACAGUGAUCUGCCCGAAGUCAAAGGUUCCAGUAAAAGAUCUAGGCAAACGUAUUCAAAGUACCAAACUGCUGUGCUGGAAACGGUGUUCCAAACUUCCAGGUAUAUCGUGCGGAAUAAGAGGCAGCAGAUGUCGGCUGAGUUGAGCCUUACCGAGCGGCAAAUAAAGAUAUGGUUCCAGAACAGGCGGAUGAAGGAGAAGAAAUGCCACAAGGAAACACCACGGAUCGUCGUCAAUCGUCAAAUGCCUCGGCUUCAGAGUGAAAACUGUCCAACAGUCGGUUAUCCUGAAGAUUAUAACAACAUCAUCGAGCCAGCCAACGACCUGCAGGGCGACGAUAUUUUCGCUAAUGGUUAUCAUUCUGUAGUGUCCAAACACCAACCGGAUAACAGUGGUGGUGGUUAUGCCGUUUACGGUGGAUACGACUUGCUGACACCAGAUCCGUACGACCAACGAAUGACAAAACAACAGUGUUGGCCUACUCAUACCGUCGACUUCCAUCAAGACUUAUACAAUGACCACGAUUCAACUCAUUUUCAAAGGCUGCCAACAACUCACCACCACUAUCCAUUGAAUUCGCAAGUACAGGACUACGGUCCGCCACAGUUGCAGGCUGCACAUAGUUAUUGACAGUGGUCAUAAUACGACACAAGUAUAAUAAUACUAUGCAGUUCGGCCUAAAUAUUUAUCAUUGUAUAAUAUCCUUCGAAUGCUGCGUGGUGAUAAAAUUCUAGUCAAUUCACAAAAAGGUGCUGUCCAGCUGAUAAGAGUAGUUGUACGUAUUACGUAAGAGGGUCAAUCAUAAUAAUAUUAUACCAUUAUUAUAUAAAUGCAUACCCUUCAGACCACCCACGUACGGUCACCGGAUGAUGCUGCAUCUACUAUAUAUAUAUAUGCGAUCCUAAUCUAACAUAACACGUGAAAUGUAAAUCAUUCAUGAUUAUUAUCAUUAUUAUUAUUAUUUUUUUACAUUUAAAAUUAUAAUCAAAAUUAUAAUAUAUCAUA